AUGAAGGCAUUUCAACUAUUGCUCACCCUCCUGGCGUGGGCUACGUUGGGACUGGCACAAAGUGGCGGGAGUUCGGGGGCUACUCACAUCCCUCAGUGCGCGCAAACAUGUCUCGAGGAUGCGGCAAAAGCAGUAGCCUGCGACCCUACGAAUCAGUGGUGUGUAUGCACUAAUACCCAGCUACAAGGCAUUUGGGCUGUGUGUGUAAUGCAGCACUGCACCGUCAAAGAGGCAUUGGCUACAAGAAACCUCACUGAAGCCGCGUGCUACGCUCCCGUGCGAAAUAAUUCUGAGAGUCCUCGUGUCGUCAACAUCGUGCUCUGCAUCAUAUCGUGUCUAUGUGUCACUGCGCGAUUCGCACACAAAGGGUUAUUCACCACAGGCGAACUCGGCGCGGACGACCUGACAUUACUCCUCUCGAUAGCGGCCGGGCUACCCCAAGUCAUCGUCAUCGACAGAAGCAUAAUACCACACGGGCUUGGUAAAGACGUUUGGAAUGUGCCGCCUGAGGACAUUUAUAUCUUCAGUCGCGGCCUAUACGCCCUCAUAAUAGCAUACUAUCUACAGAUUGCGCUGAUCAAGUUAUCGCUACUUUUGUUCCUACUGCGCAUCUUUCCUAGGACAGCUACCAAAAACCUCAUCCGGGCUACUAUGGUUUUCGACAUCUUGUUCGGAAUAUCCUUCGCCCUCGCUGCGACAUUUACGUGCACGCCGAUCAGCUUUUUUUGGACGUUGUGGGACGGGGAACACAGUGGGAAAUGCCUCGAUAUCAACUUGAUGGGCUGGAUCAACGCUGGCGUCAGCAUUGGAUUGGAUGUCUGGAUGCUAGCCCUUCCACUGUUUGAAGUCUUCUGCCUGCAACUAUCAUGGCAACGCAAGCUCAGCGCAGCCUUUAUGUUCUUUGUUGGCACCUUCGUCACAAUCGUUUCCAUCUUCCGCCUCCGUUUCCUCGUCGACUUCGGCUCAUCCUUGAACCCCACCUGGACAGCCACCAACGUGGUACUCGCCUCCAUAAUCGAAGUCAAUGCCGGCAUCAUUUGCGUCUGCCUCCCCAGCCUCCGCAUAAUCUUCGUGCGCAUGUUUCCCAACAUCCUCGCCUCCACGCACUCCGUCAGCCAGCGAACGUACUCUGAAUUCGACACGCGGGCAAGAGCUAGCGUGGCCGGUCAACUCCAAACGCAGAGCACGAUGGCACAGGAUUCGAGCGCGAUAAUGAAAACGCAGACGUUUGACAUCCAGCAUGAUGAUGCGGAUAAGGCGCAGCUUGUGCAGAUGUAUGAUUUGGGGGCGCCGUCGUCGAAGUCCUUGGGGACGAGGAGUAGUAGUGUGGGUAGCGUAUGAACAUAGAGUUUUUCUUAUUCAUGAAUAUAUGCCUUUAAGGUCUUCAAGACUGGUAUUCACCCGUCAUGCUGGUGAACAAGGUGCGUGUGCUAAUACUGAAUAUGGUCUACUCAAUGACAAAUUCCUCUUCGAUGGGAGAAGACAGAAGGAGAUCAAGUGAGCACAAAUCUGCCAAUGUAGUCGGCACAAGAUCUGGAAGAUGCCAUCUUGGAAUGAGUCAUCGUACAUUUGCAUACAAAGACGUCACCUUCAUCAAUGAGCGCAUACAGCAGAUCUCGCAGGUUGUCAUUGUCGUUGU